AUGACUAUGCUCCUGCUAUCCUGGAAAACCCUUCUCUUGCACCCCGUCAGGUCACCCAGAGCCGGUGUGCGGGCCUCCCUGUGCCCUUCCUUCUUCUGCCCGCAGGCGUCGGGAGCGGCGCGGGGCUCGGGACUGCCCCAGCGCGCGGCGCUGAUUGGCAGAGCGGGCGCCGCCGUCCAGGAAACGGCUCGGGUUUCAGCGGGGGGCGUGACCCUCCCGAGGAGGCUGCGGCGGCGGCGCGGGCGGCGCGGGGAGAGCGCCGGGAGAGGCGAGCGGCGGCGGCGGGCGCGGAACGGGCGCACGAACGAUCGGGUGCGCGGCCGCACGAGCUCCGGCGCCGGGGCUGCCUGCGCGUCCCUGGCCCGGCGUGGCGACUGCUCUCCGGGCUGGCGGGGGCCGGGCGUGAGCCCCCGGGCCUCAGCGUUCCUGCGUGCUGCGAGUGUUCGCCACUCGCCAGCAAAGUUUGGAGUAGGCAACGCCAAACCCCAGUCCUUUCUUCUCGCUGCCCAGAUCCGAGGGCAGCGCUGGCGUCAUGUCCUCGCUGUUCUGCGAUCCGGGGCGUGCGUGAAGCCUCGGAACCUUGGCGCCGGCUGCAAACCAAGGGAUCCUUUUCUUUUUGGAGUUUUCCUCCGAGCUCAUCGUCUGCUCCAUCCCGACCCACUCCGGGCUCCAGCACAGCACCGAGCGCGGAGGAGCGCUGCCGUUCAAGUGGCGGCAGCAGCAGCAACAGCAGCAGCAGCAGCAGCAGCAGCAGCAGCCGCGCCGCAGCCGCCUGAGCACAGCCACGCCACAGCGCUCUGGCUCCUGAGCCCCCCCGUGGGCUGA